AUGCGGUGCUCCUGGGAGGAAGGGCACCCGGGGGAGGCUGAGCCAGAGAGACUAGCCGUGGGCCUGGGCCCCAGCGUGCGGGCUGAGCGGGCCCUUGCCGGAUGGGGCGGUAGGCAGGGGCCCAAGGGGCCACCCUCACAAGUGACCUGGCUGCCCCGGCCGUUUGCUCCAGGCCAGCAGGGUGAGGAGAUGAGUUGCCCCCCAGGCCCCCACAGCGCCCGGGCCCCGGCGGGCUCCACGGCUGUACCCGGGCUCAUUCCGGACCUGGUUGCCCGGAUCCCCUGGCUCCGCUGGGCGCUCAUAGCCACUGCGGUCGUGGCUGGCGUCUUCGUUGUUUCCUGCCUGCUCUGUGCCAUCUGCUGCUGCUGCCGAGGCCGCCACAGGAAAGAGCCCAGAGACAAGGAGGCCGUGGGCCUGGGCAGUGCCUGCAGCACCAUCAACACCCACCUGGUGCAGCCAGGUGUGGAUAACAUGGAGUGUGGCCCUGGGGGGCCCCAGCAGUGGGAGGACCUGCAGCUGUCCGUGGAGUACGACUUUGGAAGCCAAGAGAUCAAGGUGGGCCUCAAGCAGGCAGUGGACCUGAGGCCCCGGGGCCCAGGCGGUACGGCGGACCCCUACGCCCGCGUCAGCCUCUCCCCUGAGGCCGGGUGCAGGCACGAGAUGAAGGUGCACCGUGGUACCCUCUGCCCCACGUUCAAAGAGACCUGCUCCUUCCAUGUCCCCCACGUGGAGCUGCCCCGGACCACCCUGCGGGUGCAGGUGCUGGACUACAAGCACUUCUCCCAGCACGAGCCACUGGGAACCGUGGAUCCGCAGCCCGUCCUGGAGCUCUGGCACCCUCUGGGCCCGCCCAGCGCUGCCGAGCCAGAGCAGUUGGGGGAGGUGUGCUUCUCGCUCCAGUAAGUGCCCGGCUCAGGCCGGCUGACCGAGGUCGUGCUGGAGGCCCGAGGCCUGAGCCCGGUUCUGGCAGAGCCCUACGUGAAGGUCCAGCUUGUGCUGCACCAGAGAAAGUGGAAAAAGAGAAAGACAACUGCCAGGAAGGGCACAGCCACCCCUUACUUCAACGAGACCUUCACCUUCCUUGUGCCUUUCAGCCAGAUCCAGAGUGUGGUUCUGGUGCUGGCUAUCUGGGCCUGGAGCCCUCAGUUCCGGGCAGAGUCCGUGAGCAAGUUUCUCCUGGGCACCCGGGCCUCUGGUCAACCCCUACAGCACUGGGCAGACAUGCUGGCCCAUGCCCGGCGGCCCAUCGCCCAGUGGCACCACCUGCAGCCGGCCAGGGAGGUGGACUGGGCCCUGGCCUUGCAGCCCCACCUGUGCCUGCCCUUGCCUGGCUCCUGA